AUGAUCCAUAAGCGCGUCGCCAUGCAGGAGGUGUCCGUGCUCCGCGCUGCCCAGCUCCCCCUGCUCCUGCUCCUGCUCUGCUCCUCUCCUGGCCGGGCUUACUUCGCUGAGGAGCGCUGGAGCCCCGAGUCUCCUCUCCUCGCUCCCCGGGUUCUUCUCGCCCUCAUCUGCAGAAACUCCGAACACUCGUUGCCUUAUUUCCUGGGAACUAUUGAGCGCCUCAACUACCCUAAAGACCGCAUGGCUCUUUGGGUAGCAACAGAUCACAACGAGGACAACACCACGGUGAUUCUGAAGGACUGGCUUUUAAAAGUGCAGAAACUUUACCAUAAUGUGGAGUGGAGGCCAAAAGAAGAGCCUAGGCGUCACAGGGAUGAAGAUGGUCCAAAACACUGGACAGAUCUUCGUUAUGAGCAUGUCAUGAAGCUUCGGCAAGUUGCCCUGGAGUCUGCUCGGGAAAUGUGGGCAGACUACUUCAUGUUAGCGGACUGUGAUAACCUCCUCAUCAAUCCCGAUGUUCUCUGGAUGCUCAUGCAAGAGAAUAAGACGAUCAUCGCUCCAAUGCUUGAAUCCCGAGCAGCUUAUUCCAACUUCUGGUGUGGAAUGACAUCUCAGGGCUACUACAAGCGCACCCCUGCCUACAUACCCAUCAGGAAGCAGGGGAGGAAGGGCUGCUUUGCUGUUCCAAUGGUUCACUCCACAUUCCUAAUAGACCUCAGGAAAGAGGCAUCGAGGCAGCUGGCCUUCCACCCACCGCAUCCAGACUACAGCUGGGCCUUUGAUGACAUCAUUGUGUUUGCGUUCUCUGCUCGGAUGGCAGAUGUUCAGAUGUUUGUAUGUAACAAAGAGACCUACGGUUUUUUCCCCGUACCACUCCGCUCCCACAACACUUUGCAAGAUGAAGCUGACAGCUUCUUGCACACCUUGUUGGAAGUUAAUGUGAGAAAUUCUCCUGUGAUGCCUUCCAAAUACAUACGUGUUCCUAAAAAACAACCCGACAAAAUGGGCUUUGAUGAGGUGUUCAUGAUAAACCUGGAGAAGCGAGCCGACCGUAGAGAACGAAUGCUGAGAGCCCUCCAUGAGCAGGGCAUCUCGUGUAAGAUCACUGCAGCAGUAGACGGGAAAGCAAUGAACGUUAGUGAGAUUCAUACUAUGGGUAUCCAUAUGCUCCCGGGGUACAGCGACCCGUACCAUGAUCGACCACUGACAAAGGGAGAGCUGGGCUGCUUCCUUUCACACUACAACAUCUGGAAAGAGAUCGUAGAGAGGCGUCUGCAGACUUCUCUGGUGAUUGAAGACGACCUGCGGUUUGAGGUGUUUUUCAAACGCCGCUUGAUGAACUUGAUGAGUGAGGUGGAGCAAGAAGGACUGGAUUGGGAUCUAAUCUAUAUUGGUAGGAAGCGAAUGCAGGUGGACCACCCAGAGAAAGCGGUGCCAAAUGUACACAACUUAGUGGAAGCUGACUAUUCCUAUUGGACACUGGGAUAUAUGAUGUCACUACAGGGUGCUGAGAAACUUUUGAAAGCAGAACCGCUGAAGAAAGUUUUGCCAGUGGAUGAGUUUCUUCCUAUCAUGUACAAUAAGCAUCCUAUCUCUGAUUACAUGGAACAGUUUGAAAACAGGAACCUGAAGGCGUUUUCUGCAGAGCCUCUUCUCGUGUUUCCAACUCACUACACGGGAGACCCAGGCUACAUCAGCGACACUGAGACCUCCACCGUGUGGGACAACGAUGAAAUCCGCACAGACUGGGACAGAGCCCGCUCAGGAAAAACUCGGGAGCAGGCUAAGAUCAGCAGCGAGGCCCAGAACUCCGACGUGCUCCAGUCCCCUUUAGACAGCACGGCACGGGACGAGCUUUGAGAGGGGCUGAGGGAAAGACUGAGAUGCAGACACGCCACUAGAGGCAAAUUUGUUUGAUCAAUUUUUUUUUUUUUUUUUUUUGGGAGGAGGGGGGUCUUCCCUUGUCGUUUUUGGUGUUGCAUCACAGCAGGGAUGUGAUAUGAGAGUUUCUGAAGGGAUCAGAUGAGUCAUCCGUGACUCGAUAGAAGCGGUUAUGAGCCUCUGGUUGUAUCUGUGUUUCACGUCACUGAGGCACGAAACUUGCUGUUGUGAAUGGCAUUUGCAGUACUCCGCUUCUGUCUGUCAUACAGAAAACAGCAAAUACACAAUAACAAAAGCACGAGACUGGGCUGGCACAUUUCACUCAUUUGAGUGGAUGUGAUGUGAAGGAUUUUCUAUUAAUGUUGGAUUUGUGGUGAGCGAGGCAACAAACACGGAGGAGUGAAGCAGACUUUCAGGUCACAAGUCGGCUUCAUGCUGCUCAUCAUUAGAACACAGCUGAAGAUCUUUACAUUUUCUUCUUCGUUGUUUUCAUUUGCCUUAUUUUGAUCAGUCGAUAGACGACAUGCUGGUAGCUUACAAAGCAACAGUUUCCCAUUAGCGCUCACUAACAGGAUUGCUGUAAUUCUUUCAGCAGAAGUUUGUCUUGUUUCUCUCCGUUUCACGGCGGAUGCAUUCUGGUUCUCCAGGCUGUCGCCACAGACCUGCUGCUGGGACCGUUACACAGCAAAACCCCCUGAAGUGCUGCAAGCUGUGUGGUGGGAGGAACUUGUGGUUACACAUUCCCUUUGAGAGGUUUGACUCAUCAUUCAAAUCAGCUCCAUCUGAAUGUGAACGUUUUACAGGAGGGGGACUUUGUGAAAGUGGAUGAGAAACGCGAUGGGUCUGAAUCGGUUUGUGUUUGCUUCUAACGAGCUCACGUAGUCGAGGGAAUUCAGGAACCUGUUCACGUUGCACAAAAGAUUUGCCGAGGCGUUGCACCAACAAAUGAAAUCAAAUAAAAUGUUUUGUUUUAAAAACAAA